GCGGCGCGGGGCGGGCGGGCACCCGCGAUGUGCCACUCGGCGCCUCCCCCGCCGGGCCCGGGCUGCGCGGCGACCGGGCAGCCGUGGUAGCCGGGCGAGCGGCGCGGAGGGGGCGAGCCCGGCGCGCGAGUCUCAUUGUUGGGGGGGGGCCGUCGGGGCAUGAGGGCGAGAGCACGGCGGGGGGGGCGGCCAGACAGAGCGAGCGAGGAGGAGGAGGAGGACGCCGAGGAGGAGGAAGGAGGAGGCAAAGAAAAGAAGCGGCGGCGGCGGAGGAGGGGGCGAGGAGGCGCGCGGCCCCCCGCUCCCUCCCUCCCCCCCUGACCCCCGACCCCCGCCGGCCGGCCCCCCGCCCCAGCCCCGGAGGGAGCUCAUGGGAGUAUGAAGGAGAUGGUAGGAGGCUGCUGCGUAUGUUCGGACGAGAGGGGCUGGGCCGAGAACCCGCUGGUCUACUGCGAUGGGCACGCGUGCAGCGUGGCCGUCCACCAAGCUUGCUAUGGCAUCGUCCAGGUGCCAACCGGACCCUGGUUCUGCCGGAAAUGUGAAUCUCAGGAGCGAGCAGCCAGGGUGAGGUGUGAGCUGUGCCCACACAAAGACGGGGCAUUGAAGAGGACUGACAAUGGAGGCUGGGCCCACGUGGUGUGUGCCCUCUACAUACCUGAGGUGCAGUUUGCCAAUGUGCUUACCAUGGAGCCCAUCGUGCUGCAGUACGUGCCUCAUGAUCGCUUCAAUAAGACCUGUUACAUCUGCGAGGAGCAGGGCCGGGAGAGCAAGGCAGCCUCAGGAGCCUGUAUGACCUGUAACCGUCAUGGAUGUCGACAAGCUUUCCAUGUCACCUGUGCCCAAAUGGCAGGCCUGCUGUGUGAGGAAGAAGUACUGGAGGUCGACAAUGUCAAAUACUGUGGCUACUGCAAAUAUCACUUCAGCAAGAUGAAGACAUCCCGGCACAUCGGCAGUGGUGGUGGAGGAGGAGGAGCAGGAGCAGGAGGAGGAGGCAGCAGCAGUGGUGGUAGCAGUGGAGGCGGCACAGGGGGAGGCAGCAGUGGCUUCAUCUCUGGCAGGAGAAGCCGAUCAGCCUCACCAUCCACCCAGCAGGAGAAGCAUCCUACUCACCACGAGAGGGGCCAGAAGAAGAGUCGAAAGGACAAAGAACGCCUUAAACAGAAGCACAAGAAGCGGCCUGAGUCCCCCCCCAGCAUCCUUACCCCACCUGUGGUCCCCACUGCUGACAAGGUCUCCUCUUCAGCUUCCUCUUCCCACCAUGAGGCCAGCACUCAGGAGACCUCCGAGAGCAGCAGGGACUCGAAGGGGAAAAAGUCUUCCAGCCAUAGCCUGAGUCACAAGGGGAAGAAGCUGAGCAGUGGGAAGGGUGUGAGCAGUUUUACCUCCACCUCCUCCUCCUCCUCUUCCUCCUCCUCCUCCUCUGGGGGGCCCUUCCAGCCUGCAGGUUCAUCCCUGCAGAGCUCCCCUGACUUCUCCACGUUCCCCAAACUGGAGCAGUCAGAGGAUGACAAGUACUCCAAGCCCACAGCCCCUACCCCGUCAGCCCCUCCCUCACCUUCAGCCCCUGAACCCCCCAAGGCUGACCUCUUUGAGCAGAAGGUGGUCUUCUCUGGCUUUGGGCCCAUCAUGCGCUUCUCCACCAACACCUCCAGCUCAGGCCGGGCCCGGGCCCCCUCCCCUGGGGAAUAUAAAUCUCCCCACAUUUCGGGGUCUGGGGCCUCAGCAGGCACCCACAAGCGGAUGCCUGCAUUGAAUGCUACCCCUGCGCCUGCUGAGGAAACCCCUGAGACAGGCCUGAAGGAGAAGAAGCACAAAGCCAGCAAAAGAAGUCGACAUGGGCCAGGACGUCCCAAGGGCAGCCGGAACAAGGAGGGUGCUGGGGGCCUGGCUACCCCCUCCUUACCUGGUGCCCAGCUGGCUGGCUUUACCGCCACUGCUGCCUCACCCUUCUCCGGAGGCUCCCUGGUCAGCUCUGGCCUGGGGGGUCUGGCCUCCCGCACCUUUGGGCCUUCUGGGAGUUUGCCCAGCCUGAGCCUGGAGUCCCCGCUACUGGGGGCAGGCAUCUACACCAGUAAUAAGGACCCUAUCUCCCACGGUGGCGGGAUGCUGCGGGCUGUCUGCAGUACGCCCCUCUCCUCCAGCUUGCUGGGGCCCCCAGGGACCUCAGCCCUGCCCCGCCUCAGCCGCUCCCCAUUCACCAGCACCCUCCCCUCCUCCUCUGCUUCCAUCUCCACCACUCAGGUGUUUUCUCUGGCUGGCUCUACCUUCAGCCUCCCUUCUGCCCACAUCUUUGGAACCUCUAUGGGCGCUGUUAACCCCCUCCUCACCCCAGCUGAGAGCAGCCACACAGAGCCAGACCUGGAGGACUGCAGCUUCCGGUGUCGGGGGACCUCCCCCCAGGAGAGUCUGUCUUCCAUGUCCCCCAUCAGCAGCCUCCCUGCACUCUUCGAUCAAACAGCGUCCGCACCUUGCGGGGGCGUCCAGUUAGACCCUGCGGCCCCUGGAACGACUAAUAUGGAGCAGCUGCUGGAGAAGCAGGGCGACGGGGAGGCCGGCGUCAACAUCGUGGAGAUGCUGAAGGCGCUGCACGCGCUGCAGAAGGAAAACCAGCGGCUGCAGGAGCAGAUCCUAAGCCUGACGGCCAAGAAGGAGCGGCUGCAGAUUCUCAACGUGCAGCUUUCUGUGCCCUUCCCCGCCCUGCCUGCAGCCCUUCCUGCCGCCAACGGCCCUGUUCCUGGACCCUAUGGCCUGCCUCCCCAAGCCGGCAGCAGCGACUCCCUGAGCACCAGCAAGAGCCCUCCGGGGAAGAACAGUCUUGGCUUGGACAACUCGCUGUCCACAUCCUCUGAGGACCCACACUCAGGCUGCCCAAGCCGCAGCAGCUCGUCGCUGUCCUUCCACAGCACGCCCCCACCGCUGCCCCUGCUCCAGCAGAGCCCUGCCACUCUGCCCUUGGCCCUGCCUGGGGCCCCUGCCCCGCUCCCGCCACAGCCGCAAAAUGGGUUGGGCCGGGCAUCUGGGGCAGCAGGACUGGGGGCCAUGCCCAUGGCUGAGGGGCUGUUGGGGGGGCUCGCAGGCAGUGGGGGCCUGCCCCUCAAUGGGCUCCUGGGGGGGUUGAAUGGGGCUGCUGCUCCCAACCCUGCGGGCUUGAGCCAGGCUGGCGGGGCCCCCACGCUGCAGCUGCCAGGUUGUCUCAACAGCCUGACCGAGCAGCAAAGACACCUCCUUCAGCAGCAAGAGCAGCAGCUCCAGCAGCUCCAGCAGCUCCUCGCCUCCCCACAGCUCACCCCGGAGCACCAGACGGUUGUCUACCAGAUGAUCCAACAGAUCCAGCAGAAGAGGGAGCUGCAGAGGCUGCAGAUGGCUGGGGGCUCCCAACUUCCCAUGGCCAGCCUGCUGGCAGGAAGCUCCACCCCACUGCUCUCAGCAGCGGGCACCCCUGGCCUGCUGCCUGCGGCUUCUGCCCCGCCUCUGCUGCCUGCCGGAGCCCUCGUGGCCCCCUCACUCGGCAACAACACCAGUCUCAUGGCGGCAGCGGCGGCAGCUGCAGCAGUUGCAGCUGCAGGGGGACCUCCAGUCCUCACUGCCCAGACCAACCCCUUCCUCAGCCUGUCGGGGGCGGACAGCAGUGGCAGUGGCCCCAAAGGAGGGACCGCUGACAAAGGAGCCUCAGCCAACCAGGAAAAAGGCUAAAUCUACCUGUACCCCUCCCGACCCCUAAAUGGAGGGGACAGAUCCUGGCCUAAGGGGUCCUAGCCUGGAGCAAGCAUCUGGGCCCAGACACUGGAAGAACCUCAGCCCAGAGCCUGUGCUGAGGCCCAGGGAGUGUUGGGGGCUCCUGGUGAGAGGACUGAGACUGGGAGGGGAGCCCCUUCCAUCUGCAUCCCCAUCCCCUGUCUGCACUGUCUGCUUUGUGAGAGGCUCAGAGGGAAGACAGGCUCCAAGCCUGCUGAGGAGCCCCCACCCUCAGCAAAUGUUUUGAGGUCCCCCAGAGAGCAAAGUGGGCCGUGGCAUACGUGGGGGGUUGGUUGGACCCACCACAUAAAACAGAUCAGCACUUGAAAGGGGAGCAGUGGAGGGAAGACCUAGGCCUGUCCCUGCACGGAAGUCUUCACGGGAGAAGGGCUGGUCCCACCUGACCUGCAGUUUCUUCCCAGUCUGGGCAAAUGGCAGAAGGGAUCCCUUUGACUGUUUCUCACUGUCCCCCACCUCACCGAGGGUCACAAGCUGAGCUUGUAAAAGCCCACAGAUGUAGGGGGAGCUGAGGAAGGGCAAGAUAGCAUCAAACCCAGCCCAGGCCUCCAGCACCUCUUGUGGCCCCAGUGGCAGUGUAGGGAGGCCCUCACUGUCCUUGGCGCCUGCCCCUUGUUUGCACUAUUGGCUUGAGGAGUGCGGAGGGUGGGGAGACAGAGCCGGCUGACUCAACAGUGUGACUGCGUGUCUGUGUGUGCAUGUGUAUGUAUGUGUGUGUGUGUCUGUUUGUCUGUCUUCCCCUGGACCUGGGGCCGCAAGGGCAGAAACAGGAGCAAUGGUCAGCACCAGAGUGGGGAGCUCCCAGCUCCCCUCUCACCAACUCUGGCCCCUUUCAGGGGCAUGAAUGGUUAACAGAAACCAGAAAAGUACUCCAGUAUUGGAGAGUAACUGGGGGUUAGGGGCUUUGAAUCAGGGUAAUAUCCUGCCUUCCCUCCUCCAGACCCCACUUGGUCUCAGGGCCCCCUGGGCCCCCUUCCCCUACUGGUAGUUUGGUCCUUUUUCUCUGAUACAAGGGGGACCCCAGGGAUUGGGAGAGGGGACAAGAGAGGUGAAGUGCCGCUUCUUUUAGUAAGUCUCCCUCCCAGAAUUAGCCAGCCUGCCCGCCCCGAACUCUACCUGACCCCACCCCACCCCCACCAACUAGGGGAGCCACUUAAGCUGACCUAACAGCUGUCUCCUCACCCACCAGCUAUCUCCCUGGGGUGUUGUGGGCAGUUCUCACCGUAAAGCAGUCCCCAUCUGCCCAGGGCCUUUGGCAGCAAAGGCUGAGAGGGCCACUGGAAGACUGGAGGCCUGUGUCCCUGUCUCACUUGCACUGGGGUGGAGCUGAUGGUCAUCUGUUGGCAUUUCCAGCUUUCCCUGCCGCUCAUGUCCUGUUGGUCUCUUUGCAUGUGUGCAUUUUUGUGUGUGUGUUUCUGUUUGGGUUUUUGUUGUCAUUGGGAUUUUUUGUUGGUUUUUUUAAAUAAAGAAAAGAAGAUGUGUAUAUUUUUGGCAAUGACAGAAACGUAGUGCAGAUAUAUUUUUGCCUGUGCUGCUCAACUGUUUUUUUUUCUGAUAUGGAAAAUAAUAUUAAUAUUCCUGUUGAUAAGACUUUGUAAGAUGUUAGGGAGCUAAUAAUGGGGUGGGUGGGAAUCCUCCAGAGGCAAUUUCUUAGGCACUUGCAAGGGCUUUGGGGUGGGGGGAAAAGGGGCAGUUGUGAUGACCUCAAAAUACUCACUUUUUAUUAAUGCUAAAUAUCAGUUAGAAAGACAUAGAAUUCAGCAUUUUAUUCAUCUUAAUCUAUUAAGCUCUUUAACUCCCUGCCCCAAGCCACUUGAUUCUUAGGAGAGUCGCCCAUUCACAUCCACGCCCUUGCUCAAGGCUGACUAUCAGAGCUGAAGUCCAUUUCUGUUCUGAUGGAAGGGAAGGAUGUCCACACCAAGGUCACUGUGUGGAAGUGAGGUCCAAAUGACUUAGUGCACUGGAACCAAGACACUCGCUGCACUCCACUCUGCCCUCCCCAACCCCACUUCCUUCACCUCCACAAAUCUGUUCUCCAACUUUCCCAGACUCUGUUCCCCAGGCUGGAAUGCUGCAGCAGGUAGUUGGGUUAGAUUUGAAGAAGGGCUUCCCUGGUCAUGGAGUGGUGCUUCUUUCCACCCCUUAGGGGACAUGAGAGAGGUGGCAGCACUUCCUUUUGACCAGGCAAAAUAGGAAAGCUAAAGAGCCUCAUGAGGGAGCAGGGUAGUGACGCAAGAGGAUGACCACGAUGACCAAUGACCUCACUCUUCCAGCCUCAGUCUAUUUCUUGAGAGUGAACUUGGAUGGGGUGGGAAGAGAUGCAGGUUUGUAGAGCUCUGUCUAGGGGGUAGGAAGGAUGUGGUUUGUAGAGCAGAAGUGGAGUUUGAAAAUGCGUGAGUGGAGCCUUGUGUGUCGCCACCCUCAGCAAAGAGACAUGAGUGGGUGUGCGUGCUGAGCUGGUGCCAGCCAAGGGGUCACACCUGUUGGGUGUUGGAGCUGGAAGGGACCUGUCUUUAGGGGUCAUUGAAGCUGACUCCAGGCUUUGCAGGUGAUAGUUCCAAGCCUAGGAGGGGUAGGUGCUCAGUGAUAGAGCCAGGACUAGCUUCAGGACCUGGCCUCCUGGUCCCCAGCUUCCCUGCCCCUCUGCAUGGCCUCUCUGGCUGGCUGUCCCUGAAUGUGACAGUGUGAGUGCAGGACUGUGCCCAGGGUGGGAUGGUGUCCUAUGUAGCACUGACUGUCCUAGCUCAGAGCUGAUGGAUCCUUUCCAUAGACAAUGACACUUUAAGGGUUGCCUUUAAAAAAAAAAAAAAGAAAAGAGAAAAAAAAAGUUCUUCCUGUGUGAGGUUCUUCCCUCAGGUUCCUGGGUC